AGUUCAUACAUGCGCAGCCGGUGGUGGACAAAAGCGUGAUGCCAAAAAUAAAAAUAUUGUCGCGUUUGCUGCGUCAAGUUUUCGUGUGUAAUUCCCAAUUAAAAAUAUAGCAAGAAAAAAACACAAAUUUCAUUGUCAAAUAGUAAAUUACAUAUCUCAAACAACGCAUAAUCGGAAGAUUAUCAUUUCUUGUAGUAGGAAGCAAUAUUUCCCCAUUUAUUUGUUUAUUUAGUUUAUGAUGAAAAGCAAUAAAAGUGAAAAAUUUGCAGUGUGUUGAAAAUUUGGCGAAAUUACGCAUUUCGUUUCUGCUUGAUGGUGGGUUUGAGAAGACGAAACUAGUACAAAAAGGGAUUGGAAAAAAUUUUAAAAACAAAAAUCUUCAAAACGCGUGGUGUUAUGAAGGUGCAGAUAAAGAAAAGGGACGUCAGUUGCAAAAAUAACAAUAUCCAACGUGUAAAUAAAUAAAAUUUAUUUCGCAACCAAUAACAAUGGAAAACAAGUGUAACAAAACACCGAAUACGAAUAGCAAAUACAUGGAUCAUGUUUAUUGUCAUCCAACCGAAAGUAAAAACUAUAUUCGCGCCAACAACAAUGCGGGGGGUGGCGGCGGUGCUGCCUCAGCAGCGAAUGCAGACUACCUGGCGCUUUUGAAAGAAAAUAAACAGCUUCGAGCAAUGUUGAUUUUACAUUUGGAUUUAAUACAAGCACAAAGUGACCAACUUCAAGUGAAAGACAAACAACUUGCUUCUCAAAACGAAGAACUUGAUGGCUUACGUACUAAAAAUCAACAAUUGGAAACACAAGUGCUUGAUUUACAAAAACAACUGCAGCGACAUAUAAAGCGAACUGCGUUGUCGCCACCUCCUCUGGCGAAGAUACAACGCAAAACAGAACCGAUAUUAACUAAUGUUGUAUCGCCUGCCACCGCAGCAACAGUGACAAAUUCUUCAGGACAAAAUAUCAUUGGCGAAUGCAAUGGUAAACUUAUAAGUAAAAUAAUUUUGCACCGAGUUAGUCUGCCAGAACAUAGUCCUAAUUCGACAACGACCGGUACUUCCGAUACCACGUCCGAAGCGGAUGAUAGCGCGACUAGCAAAACAAAUGCCGACCAAGAUGACAAUGAUGACGAUGGUGAGGAAGAUGAUGCUGAUAUGGAAGAGACCGGCGAGACUACGGGCAACACUACUGAAGAUAGUAACGACGUGGUGGAGUCCGUACAUUCCAAACCAAUGCAUGCACAACGCAGAAUAUCACCCGUGCAAGUGACGCGAGGCGCUAAGCCCAUACGGCAAAUGCCAGUAGCGUCUUCAGCCGCACCGGUGAAAACAGCGAAGCCGCAAACAACAACUACUGCUCUGACUACUAUGCCCCCUUUGGUCUCUACCACCGCAACAACAACCACGGCGACGACAACGCAAGUGUGUGUUACGCCACCAACGCCAAGUCGUGGCAAACAAAUGCCAUUAAUGCUUUGGCAUGCACCAGAUUUACAAUCCGAUGAAUCGGCAAGUUGUGAGUCGCUUGGCGAACUAUCUGAUCAGCGUUCUAUGGGUGCGUCACCAGCUUCACCUAAAAUUGAAAAUCAAACUAAAAAACCAAAAGGUAGCACAAGAGCACAACAUACGCUGCGCAGCAGUUCACAAACGCAGCCGCAACCCCGUCAAAAUAAACCAAGGCGUUGUGCGUACAUAUCCACACCACAAAUGUAUUGCACACGCGCGUGGGAAGAUGAAGAGGUUGUAGCCGAUGGUUAUGAGUUCAUGAAGGAAGAAGCCGAAGCGCUCCAUGCCGAUGCGCCAAUGCUGGAAAUACCUAAAUGGACGGAGCAUGAACUUGCCGUAUCUUAUUGUAUUGAGGGUACCGAAAAUCUUUCAGACGAAACUUUCCUUAAGCGCCAUGAAAAAUUAGAAUUAGCCGAGAAGCGACGCAAAAAAUGGGAUGUACAACAAAUACGGGAACAGCGACGUAUCGAAAAAUUAAAGCGACGCCAUUGUAAAGAUGAAAUACAAGUUCCACCGGAACAACAACCACUCUUGAGUUUCUACCCACAACCCGAUACAAUACAGACUAUAUGCUUUACCAGCGAUCUACCCGUACAAGCAUUUGGUGAACUUGUACCCAAAUUGAAUGUUCUAAACGAAUUUGACUUACCGUGGUUGGACACAUUAUCUAUUACCGCACGCUUACCAGGUUCAUCAACAACUGGCUCUGUUGUUUUGGCACAAAAUACAGUAAACACAUCUUCAGCGCAAGGCCAACAACAGCUUAUGAAUUCAACAUUUGUUUUUGUUAAGAAACGCAAACGGCAACAAAGCGGUACUACGGCUGCCACUGGUGGUGCGCUAACAGCACGUCAGCGCGGUGCGUUGCGCAGAGCGGCGGCAGCAGCUGCAGCAGUCGCUACAGCUGCAACGCCUGCGACUACAUCGACGACUGUUACGCCUGAACCUACAGUGGUAACAUCACAAGCAUCAUCAACAGAGGUAACAACUUCAAUAACUGCGUCUGCGAAUCCCAACUUGCCAAUAGCUGUCGUUUCAGCGACUGAGGGUGGCACAGCCGAUGAAACGCCAAAGUAGUUUAGCUUCAGCGCCGCUUUCAGUUCUUUGUAUACUAAUAUGUUGGAAAAGUUCCGAAAUUACAUAGGAAACUAUUAUUGGUCUCAAAAAAGUUGAAAUGAUUGAAUUUAUUGUUAAAUUUCUGUAAGUCAAUGCAAAUUUUAUAUUUUAAUGCUAUGAUUUUUGAUUUAUGAAACAAUUUUAUUUGGUUUUUUAUUUAUUUAUUUUAUAUAUUUUUUUUAAUUUGGCUGUGCCGAAUGGCCUUAGUAAAAUAUUGUAAAGUCACAUAAUAUUUAACUUUGAAGUUAGGAUUUUUUGUUUGCGCAUAAUGGUUUAUUAGAGAUAAAUUAUGCAUAUACAUACAUAUCCGGGUAUGUGUGUAUUUAUUUCAAAGUUUAAGGCUUUGUUGUGCGUACUUGGAAAUUAUUACAUAAAAUCUGUAUAUUGUCCAUGUAACUUGAAUGUAAAGCAAUGAAAUUAAUUAAAAAAUAAAUGAAUCUUGCUAUUUUUAACAGCUA